CUUCCUCCUCUACCUUUACUCUUGAAUAAUGACGUCUUUUCCUUCUUGAUUACAUGUCACGUAUGUACGGUUGUGGUUCGACCAUGAUACUCUGCUUGUUUUCUCUUUCCUAAUGUUUCGAAUGGAUACUUAUGUUGUGACGUAAGAUGAUGAGUUGGUUCCUCUCUAAUCUCCUAGUUCCAUGCAUGCAGGAGGUUUAAUUAUCUUUUUCCUUUUCUCGUUUCCUUUAUCUUUUCCACUUCUGGUUAGAGCAUACAGAAUAUCCCAGAUUGUCGUCAAUGCGCGGGGUUUAGACCCACCAGGCGGAUCUAUCAAUAUAUCGAUUCUUCUAUGGCCCCUUGCAGUUUUCGUGAACACUUUGCAAUGGAACCUCGGUUCAUGCUGGCUCACCUUCGUUGCAGUAUAUGGUCCAUUAUAUCCGCAAUCAUGCUGGAUUUACCCUACCAACUUCCCCAUGCUGGAAAGCUGUCCGUACGAGUAUAAACAAUAUCCUCGAGUCCGAUGACACCGCUCUGUCUUCGGGGGUUGUCCUCGUCUCUGCAUUCUGGGCACCCGAACAGACUGAACCCAUCCACAUACGACCAGAGCCAGUCCUCUGUUGGCUAAUCACGAAUCCAUGCAUAGUACGUAUGCUAGC